AUGAAACAAGGGACCAGCCGAACGAAGAGAAGGUUUGCAAAAGUCGAGGCCAUCGAGUCGUCUUUAAAUCAAAGCCAGCGACACCGCCAGACUGCGGCACCCAGGCUGCAAACUGGAGAAACUGAGCGGCCCCGGCCCAAACAAGGAGGGCCAGGAGAAGAAAAGACGAGUUUUGACCUGGUGUCAGCUUUUGCCGAGUUUGUCCAGCACCCCUCUCCCAAAACGACGAACCCCCAAGCAAAGGCUAAGCAGGGCCAUUCGCUGAAACGUCUCAAGAUCGGUCGGUUGCAGGGUUACGCCCAGCCGAAUCUGGGGAACUACCCCUACAGUCCUACCAGGCGGGAGAUGACCCAGAUUUGCGCUUGGAACCGAAGAUCCCAUCUUUUUGGGAGGAUCGAAGGGGGAAUGAUGGCCAUCAAGGGGGCGUUCUUUGGGUUGAAACCGGCGGCUUCUCGUCUCGCAGUCCACUCGGAUCACACUCUAUCUCGCUUUCGGAAGGUCUUGUCGGUCAUGAACGUGAAUUACAACUUUUCGUCUAUCUACAUUCAGACUGCGAAAUACUGGCCUUGUUGCUCUCUGAUCUUCUGUCACUUCCCUUCUCCCCUUCCUGCCGAAAUAGAUUGGUCAUCAGAUACGGGAAAGCUGACGGCCUUUCCAUGUUUAUAUGUCUGCCCUAUGGAACGGUCGAUUUUCGGUACUUGUCGCCACCAUCUUGGGCAAAGACAAGUUACAUACAAGUCCCAAAGUCGAUGGUUCUUUAAUUUGCGAGUAUUUACCAUGCACCACGGCGGCGGGGGUACUGCAUCUGCAGCAUGUUUAAACCCAUCGAGCGGGAUCUCAGUCCUAUAUGCCCAAUACCCACUCAUCCCUCUUCUGUACUUGUGGAGCGGCUACAUUUUCCGCUUGCAAAACUUCUACCUGAAGGAUCAAACUCGGCGAGGCGUUGCGCCAUUGCUCAACCUCAUGGGCCGUCCCUCUCUACUUUAUAAGGGGGCUUUGGCUUGGGACAUGGACCAAGAGAAGGCCGCUGCCCAUCAGAAGCGCGAUGCUCUCUUUGAUGCCAAGCUCCGUCUCGAGUGUCAUCGGCCAGGACCAUUUCACAAGUUUCCGGUCAAAACCUUUGAUGACGGAGCGACGUUCAAUUCCAGGGGUCCGUUAUUCCUCAUCGCGCCUUUCGACAUAACCAAGCCUGAUUUUCAAUUUUUCGUUUGCGGUGAGCCAGGCCAUCCUACGUCGCUUCGCCAGAUCUCCAGACUUAACCCCGGAGUCCACCGAUAUGGGAUUCGGUCAGACCGUGGCUCUUCUCCUGCUCGUGCAGCCACUGAUGGCAGUGGGAAAGAUACGCACAGUUCUCAAAUGAACGGAAACCAGGCUGAAGAAGUACCCGUUGAUAUUGAGGUUUCAUAUCAUCAAUGCCAGAUGAGCGGUGACGAUGUCGAAUCAAGAUCAUCACCUGCACAACCUUGCAGCUAUGUCACACACUUCGACGAGAUUAAACGAUGUUUCUAUACAACUAUAAAUGACCCAAACCUGCUCCCAGAAGAUCGACAGGGACACAUUUAUAGAUUGUUCUUGGAGUCGAAAGAAACUGCAAACCGGUUCGGGUUCGGGUCCUCGAUCUACUUCUUCGUGGUAGACAUGAUGCUAUCGAUUCAGCUCGGUCCGCUCCUAAUUCCAUUUGGACUUGUUGAUGGGAAUUCUCCUCUUCUGUCAUGUCUUUUUGGCAUCUGGAACAUAUUGAAACUGAGAAGAUUUUGUGCAGCCUAUCAUCUUGCGGAAGUUAGACUCAAAGUUCUUAUUACCCACGAAUCACCCUACCUGGUAUGGUCCGGGCUUAAGUUUCUUUACAGCAGAAUCGCCAACACCUGGCAUGCGCUUCUCCAAUGA